UUGAAAGCCCUUGGCUCGAAACGCCGUUUCGACGAAUUUAGGUCUUUAUACGAACUGAUUAAGUCACGUUUGUCCCCGUCGGACAUUGUUGUCUAUGCCGCGGAUAUGUCUCUCGCCCUUGCCCUUACGCCUUUUUAUAAGGAUGCGCGUGUUCUGCUUGACAUGACUUUUGAGAGAAAUCUCCCAAUUAAACAGUUUAGCUGUCUAUUAACUGCAGCAGCUACAUACGGUCCUUUGCACGAGGCCAUUUCUCUCGUUGAUGAAUUGCACCCCAUGAUGUUGAAACCAAUCGACUCUUUUUAUUCUGUUUUCAUCGAACGCCUAUACGGAGUUGAAGAAGGAAAGGAGUUGAUGAAUCAGUUAUUAAAAGGAAAAACUGAAGAUGAACUCUUUCUUACAACUACAAAUAAAGAACUUGAAUCGUUCCACUCUUUCAUCAAUAGUCGGAGUCGUUCAUUUGAUUGUGUCGUAGACUUGCCAAACUUCCUUCACACGGUUUCGAAUAGGAAGCUAAACACUAUUUCAAUUGAAGAGCAGACCGAUAUGUUGAGCGAUUUGAUUCAUUCUCUUCAUCGAACUUAUCUUGUCAACCGCGUUUGUCUAGUUGGGAAACAACGUGGGGUGGUUGGGAAAAAGCACUUCUGGGAUUCUAUCAAGGCUCUGGGAAACAAAACUGGUGUCAGUGUCCAUACCUUUCUAACUGAACCCAAGUAUCGGGAUUUUUUUAUAAAUGUACCUCGUUCUGAUUCUAGGAGCAAUGACGAUGUUUUCAUGAUAUACCUGGCUCUCUGGUCGGGCCCACAUUGUUACCUUCUUUCAAAUGACGAGUUUCGUCAGCACAGGUUCACCGUGGGUCCUGAACUCGGCAAGUUGCUCUCGCAGUGGCAGGCAUCCCGGCACAUCCGCUUACGAAACAACCACCCAACGUCUUUCCUUGGACCUGUCUUAUGUGAUACGUCUAUACAAGGAAGUAUGAUUAGCGGGUGGCAUAUUCCCUACGAAUCCGGCGAACAACGUCCUUCCUACCUCCCUCCGAACACUUGGCUCUGUCUCCAACCGCCAAAGCCCUGA